GUGUCAUGGCGAUCGUCAUCUGACUCCAAACUUUGACGUGACAAACUUUAUGAACGGAUAUGUCUUUCACGUUCCUGACAGCCGGUUAUAGGGUGCUCCAUUGUUUAGUUUUUAAACCCGUGUCGGACACCAUAUGAGAAGACCUUAGAACAACGAUCUUCAAGAUGUAAAUGUCCAUGCUGCUAAGUUAACUUUGACCGGUGCGAAGAUGCAUCGCUGAUAGCUAACCGUAGCUAAGAUAGCCACUCAGCGAAGUUAGCUGAACUUGUUGAUUUCAAAUGUCAUACCGGGUAGCAAAGCGACUUUAACUCAUCAAAGUGCCUGUUACUGGCUUUGGACAGUUGGUCUUUCAUAUCAAAAUGGUUCGUUUCCUACGCUACUGUAUCAGCCACUGCCUUCAUGCAGCGAUGACCCGGUUGGAGGAGGUCAAUGGAGAGGUGAGCAUGUGGUCGUCGGUCCGGUGGCUGGGCUACCUGUCCGGUCUCAACCUGCUGGUCGCCCUGUGCCUUGGGCUCUAUGUGAGGUGGGAGAGGACCGCCGAGUCCACUCUUCUUGUCAUUUUUGUGUUGGCUCUGUUUGUUCUGGGGAUAGCAAGUAUACUGUACUACUACUUCAACAUGGAGAGGGUCAGCCUCAGUCUCCUCCACCUGUGGUUCGGCUUUCUGCUGGGUCUGCUCUGCCUCCUCAACAGUCCCGUCCUGGAGGGCGACGUGAAGGAGCAGGCGGCCAACUACAUGCUGCUGGCCAGUGUGGCCCUGAGGACGCUGUGGGCGCUGCUGGAGAGACUGCUGGGGUGUGCCAGGUACCGUCCUGCCUUCCUCACCUCGGCAGAACGGUUGGAGCUGGCGGGUUUCGCCAUCGCUAGCACUGCGCUGCUGCUCCAGAAGUCCCUGAGCGUGAUGGUGCUGGUGGUGGCGCUGGCCACGGUCAUGGUAGCCCUCCGGAUGAAAGCGGUCCUGGCUCUUCCUAACUUAGUCUGCUUCGCCGUCAUCACCGCGGUGCUCUUCUUCAGGUCUCUGAACAUCGCCACCAACCCCUUCGCCCUCGCCUGCUUCUUCAGCCAGCUCAUCUGCGACCCUCUGCUGGAUGUCUACUUCAGUGGUCUCUCUGUGACCGAGCGCUGGCAGCCUUUCCUGGUGUGGAGGGGCCUGUGGCGCCGGCUGUCCCUCCUGCCUCUGCUGGUGGUGGAAGUGACCUUCAUCAUCCUGGCCUUUAGGAAGCUAGCAGACCUGGACCAGUGGUACCUGCUGAUUCCAGGCUUUGUGGUGUGUGUGCUCUUCUGGUCCAUCUGCCACUUGGUGUUUGUCAUUACUGUGUGGGGCUUUCACACCAAGCUCAGUGAUUGCCAGAGGCUCUGCUUGUCCCAGGGGUCAGGUAUCAGCGGACUGGACAAGGUGAUGGCCUCAAAGGGCAUGAGACACUUCUGCCUCAUCUCUGAACGCCUGGUGCUCUUCACGCUGGUGACAACUGUUGCUGUUGCAGCUCUUUGUUGGCAGUCCUCCAGCAGCAUCUUUGUGAGCAUGGUUCUGCUCGUCCUGCCUCUGGAGUCUCUGUUCCAUGGCCUUUUUCAUGAGCUUGGGAACAGCCUGGGAGGAACCUGCGUGGGCUAUGCAGUGGUGAUCCCCACCAACUACUGCAGCCCUGACGGUCAGCCCACGCUGCUGCCUCCAGGCCAGGUGCAGGAGCUCAACAAACGCUCUACAGGCAUGUUGAACAAUGUGCAGCGUUUCUUCGCCCACCACCUGAUUGAGACUUUCGGCUGUGACUAUUCCACCAGCGGGGUGACUCUAGAGGCUCUGCAGGCCAAGAUCAAAUCCUUCUUGGAGCUGCGCACGGCAGACGGGCCACGCCAUGACACCUACGUGAUCUUCUACAGCGGUCACACCCACAGAACUGGAGAGUGGGCGCUGGCAGGAGGAGACACUCUUCGCCUGGAUCACAUCUUGGAAUGGUGGAGGGAGAAGAACAGCAGCUUCUGUUCGCGCCUCAUUCUGGUGCUCGACUGCGACAACUCGUUGCCGUGGGUGAAGGAGAUCAGGAAGGUGGAGGGUCUGUACGUCGCUGUGCAGGGAGCGACGCUGGCCAGAGUGACAGACGUCGAGCUGCAGGACCCACCGCAGCUCGGAGACUUUACCUCUGAGUGGGUGGAGUAUAACUGCAACCCAAACAGCAGCAUCCAGUGGUCGGAGAGGGGCAGGGCAGUUUCUGCCACCUACGGCAUCUCCAAACACUGGAGCGACUACAAGCUUCAUCUGCCAACAGGAAAUGAUGUCACCAACCACUGGAGCAUGUACUUUCCCCGGAUGACCUACCCGGUGGUCCAGUUGGCACUGUGGUGCGGCAGCCUGAACCUGCUGUGGAUCUGCAGCGUCUGCCUGCGAUGUCUCAAAAGAGUCAAACUCAACUGGUUUCCACCAGCGAUACUGGACACUGGCCAGGGCUUCAAACUGGUCAGAUCUUAGAAACAUCAACAUGAACAUAUCUGUUAUUUGUAGAAAAUAUUUUACACACAUUUUCUAAAAGUAAUGUAAAAUAGGCAGCUACUGGAUUGUUAACUCAUCGCUAACCAGCAUCCUUUCUAGUUACUGCAAAACUAAUCACUUAGUUACUGAUUGGUGGAUUUGAAAAGUUUCUCUUUUUAGUACCAGUUUUUAUACUCUUUUCAAAUUGUUUUAUUAAUGUGUGUUAGCCUUGACUUAGAGAUCUUAACAUCCCUGUGAAACAUGCGUUAAUUUGUGGGAUGCGAGCACAUUUACAAUACUUUGCACAUUUUUGCAUUGUAUUUACUACAUUCGCAUGGUGCCUUGUACUAUAAAAUCACCAAAGAUCAUCAAGCUCACUAGGUGGACCUUUUAAACCCCAAUCCAGAGAGGAUGUGGUACAUUUUUGGAGGAAGAUCUCAGGCAUAAAUUAUAUUCUUAGCGCACAGAUAUAUAUGUUUGGGCUUUUUUUUUUUUUUAUAGAAAAGAUUCCUCUUAUUUUCCUUUGUACUUCACUAUGCAUUUUACACUCUGAGCUUUGAGUAUAUCCUAUGCACUGCUUUGUGUCUCUUGCAAGCAACAUUGUCUUAAUGAUUUUGGAGGUUAUUUUUAAAUCCAAUCCAGCUGCUGCAGGGAGUCCAGAAAGAGUUUAACUGUACUGAUGAAUGAAGAACAAGCAGAGAUGUAUGAAUAUUUAUCUCACAAUACACCUCAGAAGUUAAAUGUGUCACACAUUGAGAUCUGUUUUCUUCCUGGGGUUUAUUGUAGUUUACUGGGCUGUGCAAGAUUGUUCUGAUCAGUUUUGUGUGUAUGCAAAAAAAAAAGCAGUUCCAGCUAACGCAAUUUGGCUGUAAGAAAUUCUGUUGAACAAUGAAUGGAACUAUGCAAUAAAAGGCAAGUG